AGCAACUCUCGACUUGGCAGUAGGCAGGAAAAUGCCACAGUGGCUGGUCAUCGGUAUCUCCGGUGUCACUUGCGGUGGCAAGACGACAUUGGCGCAAAGUUUACGUGACUACUUCAAGGGAUUGCGUGGCGCGCCUUUGUGGAACACACCCUAUACCAUUGGCGAUGUGCAGCUUGUGUCGCAGGACGAUUACUUUCUGCCCGUCGAAGACAGACGUCACAAAUGGAAUGAGAAAUUGAAUGCCAUUAACUUUGAGCUGAUUACAUCACUGGACAUGAAACAAAUGCUUGCGGAUAUUGCGCACAUCAUUAAGGGACGGCAUCUGGUGCCAGAACCGACAGAGCAACUGGUGGAAUACAUGCCGGCCACAACAGCCGUCACCUACGCCAAUUUCGAGCAUUAUGCAAUGCAAUUUCAGCAGCAGUAUCAGCAACAAUACAGCAAUUACCAGCACAACAGCAAUGGAAAACUUGGUUAUCAAUAUCAGCCGCCCCAGCACCAUCAACAACAUCCGCAUCAGCAUCGACAACAUCACCACCAUCCUCAUCACCAGCAACAGCAGCAACAACAACAACAGCAGCAGGCAGCACACAUAAUGCGCGUGAAUGCACAAAUUGCCGCCCAAAUGAGGGAUAAAAAGAUUAAUGUACUGCUCAUCGAAGGCUUUAUGAUAUUCAAUCAACCCGAGCUGCUGGCUUUGUGCAAUCUGAAAUACCACUUCCACUUGCCCUAUGAGAAGUGCUACGAGAGGCGACGAAAACGCACCUACGACCCUCCAGAUGUCACCGGUUAUUUUGAGCUCUGCGUCUGGCCACACUACGAGUUGAACUUCUCGGAAUAUCGUGACUGCAAGGACAUAACAUUCCUCAAUGGUGAAAUAUCCAAGGAGAAGAUAUUCAAGUUUGUUCUUCAACGCAUUGUCCAUUAUUUCGAGGAGCGCUGCGAUGGCAAUAUGCCAUCAGCGAGCAACAAUUGCCCACCGCCCCAGAAACUUUUUGGCAUGCUGGGCGUUACAAUGAGCACCGCGAAUAACAACUUGAUGCCCAAGACAUGCCCCAUGGAGCAGUAGUGCCGCUUUAUAUGGCUUGGCAUAUACCUAUAUUGUACAAUAAAUACCCCCAUUUAGAUCUAAUAAUGAUUGGAGUACGGUUGAGCAUUUGGCAAGUAUUUGAUAAACUAAAAGGCAGGUUUGAAGGCUUAAUUAAUUUAAGCCAAUCUGUUGCCAAAUUCAACAUACAUCCGAUAUGUACAUUCAGGCAUAUAGUAUACACUCACACAUAUAUAGUAUAUUACUACAUAUAUUUGCAUUAGUUAGUCUUAAUGCUAUGGUUUAGGUAAUUCUGUGGUCAUGUUUUCUCUCUAUUGAAUUAUUAUACAUAUAUACUGAGAAAAACAAAUAGCUAAGAUUGUGGUAACUCGCCGCACCUUAUCCAAUAUUUGUGCACGCUCUGCGACCUCCAAAAAGUCCAAAACUAUACGAGUUCAAACAGGUAAAAACCUUUCGUCUAAAUGAGUGCAUACCAAUAGAUGAACAGAUUAAACUUUAGUGAUCCAUUUAAAAAGUUACCAAAAAUAAGAAAUUGAAUAAAAAUGACAAUUGAAGAUUGUCCAAAAAAAAAAUGGUUAAAAUAUCCCCAUUUACCGUGUAAAGAAAUAUUUAUAAUAUUUGGUAACCGAAAAUAUUGAAAUCUUCAUGAAAACUUAUCGCACGUUUCAUUAAACAUUUUGAGAUAAUGGUUAAUAUUUUGAGAAUUUUAAUAAUGCCUCAUGGAAAAUGAUUGUGAAAUGGGAAAACGGUUCAGGAACUAAUUUAGCUGUGCUAAAUUUUAAAUAUGCAUCUAAAUUGUAACACUAUUGGGGUUUAUUCUUUUAUCAUGAAUGUAGUAACUCGAUAAGAAAACAUGAAGUUUUUUGAAAGUUAUAUACUAACGAGUGCUUUAGUUUUAAAUUGGGUACAGGAUCGGAUAGUAGUCACCGAAAUUUAUAAUGUUCCUGAAAAAUUCUUUACUGAUUACAAUUUUGAAAAUCUUUUAUGGAAUUCCACGUGACACAGUAAAUAAAACAACAUUCAAAGUUGAAUGUUUAAAGCAGUUUUCAGGAGCCUUGUGCACAUCAUGUAAAUAAUGUAUGUAUUAUAUUUAUAACAUAAAACUAGAUUCUAAGCUAAUUUAAAAAUGUAUUUUUCUUGUGCGAAAUAAAACACACAUAUAUACACAAACACAUACAGA